AUGGAAAUAUUGACAACUAAUUUUUUUGUCUUAACUUUGGUGGGUCUUUGGAAACCGCGCGGCUGGAGUGGGAUCAAAGCUAUUCUUUAUCAUUGUUACUCAGCAAUUGUAAUAUUUGCAAAUAUUUCAUUCUUGAUAUCUGGAAUAAUGGAUCUUGAAUUUACAAAUAUUGAUAUUGCUGCAUUUAUUGAUAAUGUUUCUUUACUGUUGAGUCUGGUGACGAUAAGGCAGAAGACAGCAUGCGCUAUCGGAAAUCGCGGGGACAUUAAAGAAAUAAUUGAUUCGUUAGGGCGGAGUCCUUUCAAGCCACAGGACAAGGAGGAAGAGAACAUCGUCAAACGGUUUGACGACCUUACUGGAUAUAUCCUCAAGUACUACCCAGUUCUAUUCACCGUCGCAAUAACCUGGUACUCAAUAGGACACAUGUUCAUAAUGGAUCCCCCUUAUGUUUUGCCUUAUAGAGGGUGGUUUCCUUACAACUACACAACAACAGGCGUCUAUUGGCUGACAGCAGUCUAUCAACUCUACGCAAUUUGCAGUGCGGCAUCCAUUAAUCUAGCCUUCGACCCCUUACUCCCUUGUAUUAUUUGUCACAUGUGCGCUCAGGUUCAUAUUUUAAGGUACAGAUUUGGGGUCAUGUUGAAAAAAUUAGAAGUUAUUUCUGACAAUGAGCCGCGGUGUGUUAUUACGUCUGCUGAACGUAAAUUGAUGGGAGAGUGGGUUGACUACCACAUUAGUAUUUUAAAUCUAAUUAAAUACGUGAAUUCAACAUAUUCAAAGGUAAUAUUUGUACAGUACACAGCAAGUUCAUUGAUUUUAUGUACGGUCGCAUAUGUGCUGUCACACAUGGAUGCGCUAUCUAUGAAUUUCGCGGGUAAUUUUUUUUAUUUCAUCGCGAUGAAUUUCCAAAUAUUUUUUCAGUGUUUUUGCGCUAAUCAAGUAACACUUGAGUUCUUAGAUAUCACCACCGCUCUCUACGAUACAAAUUGGUUCAAUUUGAGCAAUAAUGUUCGCAGAUCAAUGACUAUUAUUUUAUGCGAAUCUUUCCGCCCGGUUCUAUUUACGAGCAGUUUCUUUAUUGUUUUAUCUCUCGAAUCAUUUACUAAGGUUAUAAAAUGUGCGUACACUGUUUACAACGUUCUGCAAUAACUCGUUAAAAUUUUCAAAUUUAUUAUUAUGGAUGAUAAUUU